AUGGCUUUGAUUUUAGUGGAUGAAUAUCCUUCCAAAGGGUCACGGAAUAGGGUGUCAUCUGGUGUAGAUACCGUCUUGCACUCUUAUGAUGAUCGGUUCAAUAUUUCUGAGGGUGACAAAGACGGUGUUUCCCCUCAAAAUGAAGGCACAGUUUGGGACCUGAUUCCUGAUAUCAAACAAAGCCUCUAUCCUCAUCAACAAGCAGGCUUUAAGUUCAUUUGGACGAAUUUGGCCCGGACCAUGAACCUUCACAAUCUGAAGACUGCUGAUCCUUCCAGUGCGGGUGGGUGCAUUAUUUCCCAUGCGCCUGGAACCGGAAAGACAAGGUUAACAAUCGUGUUUCUUCAGACAUAUCUGGAAGUGUUUCCGAAAUGCCGACCAGUAAUUAUUGCUCCUGCUAUUAUAUUGCGUACUUGGGAAGAUGAGUUCAAAAAAUGGAACAUAGGUGUUCCGUUCCACAACCUCAACACCCCUGAACUAUCUGGAAAAGAGCACAUUGAUGCCACUAAUGAGGUUGACUGCUCUGGAUCACCGCAUAAGAAUAAGGAUGCCGUUCGUAUGGCGAAGUUGUAUUCAUGGUUCAAAGAGAAGAGCAUUCUGGGAAUCAGCUACCAAUUGUUCGAGAAGCUUGCAGGGGGAAAUUCCAAAAAGAAAAACAGGAACAUGAGAAAAGAGAAGAAGCAUGCGAGUAUGAAAGAGAACCCUGAACCUGAAACCAGUGUUCUGGGAAAAGUUCUGCUUGAAGUUCCUGGUUUACUAGUUCUAGAUGAAGGGCACACGCCUAGAAAUCAGCGCAGUUCUAUUUGGAAUGUUCUGUCGAGAAUUCAAACUCAGAAGCGGAUCAUUCUCUCUGGCACUCCUUUCCAGAACAAUUUUGUGGAACUCUACAACACUCUUUGCUUGGUGAAACCAUCCUUUCCUGACAUGAUACCGCCGGAACUCAAAAAGUUCUGUCAGAGUAGACUAAUGCAGGAAAGGAAAGCAUCUCAAGAUUUCACUUGGGAACAGGUCUCUCCGGGAAACAUCACAACAGGAAAUCCUUCUGAUGUAAAGAUUAAGCAGUUGAAAGGGUUGAUGGAUCCUUUCGUUCACGUUCACAAAGGAAGCAUUCUUCAAGAAAACCUUCCUGGUCUGAGGGACUGUGUGCUGAUUUUGAAGCCUGGCAGUUUGGAGAAAGAAAUUCUAGAGAGCAUUGAAUGUUCUCAGAGCACCUUCAACUUCGAACGCAAGUUAGCUCUUGCAUCUGUCCAUCCAUGGCUUUUCCUCUGCUGUACUCUGACCAAGAAAGAAAAAUCUGUUGUCGACAGGUACCAGUUGGAAAGACUUCAGUUGAGCCCUCAUGAAGGUGCCAAAACCAGAUUUUUGGUGGAGUUUGUGAGGCUGUGUGACUCGGUAGGUGAGAAAGUUCUUGUGUUUAGCCAAUUCAUUGAUCCUUUGAAAUUAAUCAUGGACCAACUCAAGUCACAUUUAAAGUGGGAUGAGGGGAAGGAAGUGUUGUAUAUGUCUGGCGAGCUUGGUCAAAAGAAAAAGCAGCACUUGAUUCAUGGUUUCAAUAGUGAAGAUAGCCAAGCAAAGGUACUGCUUGCAUCCACAAAUGCGUGCUCAGAGGGAAUUAACUUAGUUGGAGCUUCUAGAGUCGUGCUCCUGGAUGUUGUGUGGAAUCCCUCAGUGGAAAGGCAAGCCAUUAGCCGAGCGUAUAGACUCGGCCAAAAGAAGUUUGUUUACACAUACCACCUCAUCACACAAGACACCGCUGAAUUUGCAAAGUAUUGUAAGCAGGCUGAAAAGGACCGGUUAUCUGAACUGGUUUUCUCUGCUCAACAUGCUGAAGAUGAUAAAACAAAGAUUGGAGCAGUAAAUUUAAAUGAUAAAGUUCUUGACACAAUGAUUGAGCAUGAGAAACUCAAGGACUUGUUUGUAAAAUGUGUGGUACAACCCAAGGAAAGAGAUUUGAUUAAGAGUCCUGGCUCUUGA